AAACCCAACCCAACCAAGCAAGCAAGCAAUUCUGAAUUCCCCAUCUCCGAGCCGGCCACCUCACGGCUAGCCGCUCGACGCACGCCUCCUCCGAUCCCCAAGCCCAAGCCCGAGCCCGAGCCCGCCGUGGAUCGUCGCGUGAGGAGGGGGUCACCGGCCGGAUCACGACGGGACAGAUGGUCGCCGGCGCCGGCGGGGGCGAGUAGUGCGGCGACGGCGGCGGGUGGUGACGGACGGAUAGGCGGCGUCGUGAGGCCGGGGCGUGGGCGGGGGCCACCAUGUCUGCGGUAGUGUGCGGCAAGAGGUCCUCCUCCAUCUUCGCCGACGAGCUCAUCGCUUCCUCUUCCUCCCCUCCCUCCCCUCCCCACCACCACCCCGCCAAGCGGUCCCGCUGCUCCCCGGCCCGCGCCUUCGACGACGCUGCGCGAAGAAGGGAAGCGCUGCUCCAUCAUCUCUUCACCCUCUUCCCCCUCAUGGAUCCCCAGGUGCUUGAAAGAGCUCUUGAGGCAUGUGGAGACGAUUUGGAUUCUGCAAUAAAGAGUUUAAAUGAGUUGCGCCUGGAGCCAGCUGAGGCUAUCCUAUCAGCUACUGUUUGUGAAUCUGAGAAUGGCCUAUCAACAGCUCUUAAGUUGGCAGCGGAAGAUGCUGUUAGUAAUGGCCAUUUAGAUGUAACUGAAAACCCACCUGCAACUGAUAAUUGUCAGACUAGUCAUCAUAGCUCUGAAUGGGUUGAGCUAUUCGUCAGAGAGAUGAUGAGCUCCUCUGACAUAGAUGAUGCACGAGCUCGCGCCUCCAGGGCUUUGGAGGUGUUUGAAAAGUCCAUCAUGGAGCAAAUAGGGGCUGAAGCAGGGCAGAACUUGCACAGGGAAAAUGUGAUGCUAAAGGAGCAACUGGCAAUAAUUCUGCGAGAGAAUGCUGUUCUGAAGCGGGGUGUUGCAAUACAACAUGAGCGCCAAAAAGAGUUUGAUGUGAAGACUCAGGAGGUUGACAGCCUGAAACAGUUAGUUUUGAAGUAUCAGGAGCAGCUAAAAACUCUUGAGAUAAAUAAUUAUGCACUUAGAGUGCAUCUGAAUCAGGCUCAGCAGAACAGUUCUAUGCCUGGGCGGUUCCCUCCUGAUGUCUUCUAAUAAACCUCAGGGGCUAUAUCCCUCAUACCGAACACCCUGAGAUAUGAAGUGAGGGAUUAACCUAUUGCCACUGUGAUAGGUAGACUCGACACCUUUAGGCAGAGAGCUUAAUUGCUGCAUAUAUCACCAAUCAUCGGACAUAUGCAACACAAAGCAUUGAUGUUAAGGUGUGCCCCAGGAAGUGUAGAUGAAAUGCACUCGGUGCUUAGUGCUUGUAAAGUUGGUUUUUGUGGGUUUGAAAUAUUUCCGCAGCACUAUGUAACUAUGGAAAUGUCAAGCUAGGGAGAGGGAUUCACAUGUUGCUACUGUGAUAGGUAGGACACCUUUAGGUCGAGAGCUGAGAUGUUGCAUAUAUCACCAAUUCAUCGGACAUAUGCAACAAUGAAGCGUCAAUGUUAAGGUACAGAAAUCCUGUGCUCCAGGAAGAGUUCAGAUAACGACAUGUUAGGGUAAUAGGGUUGGCGGUGCUCUUGGUGCUAUUGCUUACCGUUGUUGCGGGUUUGAAUUGUAAGAACAGAUAUUGUAAUACAAAGAAUCAAACAACAUGUUGCUUA